AUGAAGCCGGAUAGCAUUGGGGCAAGAGAGCUGCCCCAGGAAGUUGACAAACAAGAUGGCGCUGGAGUUCAAGUUGACGUAAAUAGCAUGUUUGUUGUCUUCUGUAGUGGGGACACGGAGAUUUGCGAAGGGGAUGUCGCCGUGAACCACUCGAGAUCGGAAUACCAUCACAAGAAAUAUGAUGGUGAGGGCAGUGAUAGGAACUGUGACCAUUAA